UUGGCUUUCUUGAAGGCAGAAUAUAAAAUUUAGUCACUUCAUUCGCCAAGAAUAGAGAUGGCUACUGGCUAGCAAGAACGUCCUAUGGAUAUUAGACCUCCUUGGAUAUUAUCUAAGAAGAUUUCAAAGACGCUACGAAGAAGAUAAACGUCCCACUACAACGCCCAUCAUUCUGGUGGUCCUCCAUCAUACACUUGACAGAGAUUAUGUGAUCCCAGAUUGCAGCAGAUAUGUAGGAGACCGCGUGUCAUUCACAGUACAUGCCCUGUUCCAUGAAGAUCACGGACUCCUCAAGAACUGUGAUGUGAACACACAGGCAAUAAAUCACACAUUGGAGAAACUAAAGGAGUUACAGAAAAAGGGAAGUCUCUUGAAGAACAUGAAUUCAUUCAGAAUAAAGAGGGCGAAAACGAAGCUGAAAGGGUUUGUAAUUGAAAGUGGUGAAACACUCAACUCAGGACAGCAGUUUGUGGAACAUCUGUCGUACCGUUUGGAAUUAGUUAAGGCAGUUGGUGAAUGUGACAUCAUACUUGGAGUGUGCCCCAUCAUUUCUCGAGUGGGAACGGAAAUCGAAGCGGCAAUGAAAGUUUUUGAAGAUAAAUGUGCUGCCACUACAAAGCCCUUCAUCCUGCUGAUGCUCCAUCAUACACUUGACAGAGAUUAUGUGGUACCAGAUUGCAGCAGAUAUGUAGGAGACUGCAUGUCAUUGACAGUACAUGCCCUGUUCCAUGAAGACCACGGACUCCUCAAGAACUGCGAUGUGAACACACAGGCAAUACAUCAGACAUUGGAGAAACUAAAGGAGUUUCGGAAAGAGAACAUGAAGAAGGAUGACCAGAAACAAGAUAAAUCCUCAAAGAUGAAACUGAAAAUGAAGAAGGAUAAGAACAAAGAUGAGAAACCCCCAAAGAUGAAGAUUGCACAGUCCCCCAGUAACAGUGAAACCACAAAACCAGUCAGUAGGGUCAUACCUCCUGACUUCUCUAGAGAAGAUUCUGUGUAUGCUGUGUAUGGCUCUGCAUCAGUACCUCAAUUAGUCUCAGUGGAGUCCUUUAGGCAGCUCAGCAUGGCUGUCUCUACUCAAGGCUCUGGGGUUGGAACAACUGAGGACAGUAGAGGAGCUGCUGGAGAUGGAGAAGCCAAGAGAGAAAUGCUUACAGUAGGGCAAGAGAAGCCAUACGUAAGGGAAACAGGCAGUAAGGUCAUACCUCCUGACUUCUCUAGAGGAGAUUCUGCAUAUGGCUCUGCAUCAGCAUCCCAAUUAGUCUCAGUGGAGUCCUUUAGGCAGCUCAGCAUAGCUGUCUCUACUCAAGGCUCUGGGGUUGGAACAACUGAGGACAGUAGAGGAGCUGCUGGAGAUGGAGAAGCCAAGAGUAAAAAGCUCAAUCCAGGACAACACAAGUCAUCAUUAAACAAAACAGGCAUUGAAGCAGAAGAUCAAUUUGAGGAUAUUUCCACAAUAACUUAUAAUAUCAUGGAAUGCAUCGGAAGGGGUGGAUUUGGAACAGUUUACAAAGGAUCAUACCUUGGAACUCAAGCUGCUGUGAAGAUCAUAAAACAGGAUCCAAGGACAGAGGAUAGGAAGAUAGCAAAUGAAUUCAGGAUUCCCUCGCGUUUGUCUCAUCCCAACAUUGUGCAGAUGAUGGCUGUGGCAAAAAGUGAGACUGAGAUCUUGAUAGCUAAUGCAUACAUCCAUGGAGCCGACCUUGACGAUGUUCUUCAUGGAGAUGGCCCUGUUAAGUUGCAGGAAGAGGAUAAGUUGUCUGUGGCAUUGGACAUUUCAAAGGCUGUUGAAUACAUACACUGGAAAGGGAUCAUCCAUCAAGACUUGAAGCCAGCCAACAUAAUGGUUGCAGCAGAUAACGGAAAAGCCUACCUGACUGACUGGGGCUUGGCAAAUUUGAUUGAAGCUGUGACCAAUUCAAAACUAGUUGGAACUCCAAUGUACGUGGCUCGAGAGUGUUUAGUAGAAUGUGAGAAGAGCACCACCAUGUCUGACAUGUGGUCUCUUGGCAUCACCUUCCUUGAGAUGUUCACAGACUCUAAACCAUGGUUAUACAGGACACUGCAAGAGCUGCGUAAGCUUCUUAAACAAAAAUCAACUCCCCAUGCGAUGUCUAAACUGCAGUCUGCACAUCAGGACAUUGUGUUACCAUUACUAGAAUAUGAUCCUGAAUCCCGUAUGAAGGUUAAAGAUCUGGUUGCACUGUUAAAGACAAAAGUUGAUCUCAGCAAAAAAUGUGGCUCUGGAUAUUAGUGAGAUUCUAGAGAAUUUUGUAGAUGCAUCAGAUUAUUACCCUGGCUCCGCCCUCGCAGUGACGCAACACCUUUAGCUCAGCUACACUCGCUCAGGUUCAUGAGAUUCGGCUAAGGUUCCCUCCACAGUGGGAAACUCCACCCACUUUGUUGGGAACAAAUCAAAUUUCAGCAUUUGAAGCGUGUUCAAUGCAGUGGCGUUGUUCAAGCAGAGAUGUUCUAUUGGAACUAAGAAAUGCUUGUUUUAAACUUUGGCUUAGCCUGUUCUGCCCUCGACCAAUAGCAAACCAAGGGAGGUGGGUCUUUUAUACAGAUGGGUCUACCAUGCCGUUUAAGAAUGUUGUUAUGCUCUUGGUCAGACCAAGUCUCGAAGAGAUUUGAAAGUCAUGAUUAUCAGGCAAUCAGAUUGGUAUUGUUGAAUAUCACAUUCUUUUCCCUACUCAUCCCCCCCCCCCCUCUCUCUCUCUCUCUCUCUCGUGUGUGUGUGUUUGUCAAUA